AAUAAAAUUUUGUAUUUUUUUUCUAAUUUUAUUAUUAUUAUAAUCAUCUGAUCAAUGCUGGAGUUGUUGGAUCCAAGAUAAGACGAGAGAAAAUAUAUAUAUUGUUUACAAAUGACUGAUAGAGAAAAAAAAUAAAACGUCUUAUCAGUUUUUAUUGACAGCAACACACACUAGAAAUUUCUAGGUGAUAAAAAAUAUUGAAUGAUUAAUUGUGGGAGUGGCAUAAACGUGGCUAGAUGAUGUGUCUUAUAUUUUAACAACAAAUAAUCAGUAAAUCAGUUAUUAAGAUAAUUAAAAAAAACGCCAAAUCAUUGCUGAUGAAUUUUUUAGACCUUCAGUUAUUGUUUGAUCAUUGACAGUUAAAGUCAUUUGUUAUCUUGAAUUUACCAGACUUAAUUACAUAAAUUAAAUAUGGAAAAAAAACGUCAUGUAUUGUCAAUUCAGAGUCAUGUUGUUUCUGGAUAUGUUGGCAAUAAAUGUGCAACAUUUCCACUCCAGCUUCUUGGAUUUGAAGUUGAUGCUAUUAAUUCUGUUCAAUUUUCAAAUCAUACUGGUUAUAAAAUCGUCAAAGGAGAAGUUUUAAAUGACGUACAUUUAAGUCAACUGGCUGAGGGAAUUGCUGCGAAUGACCUGGACCAUUAUAGUCAUCUGCUAACUGGAUAUGUUGGCUCGGCAUCAUUUCUCAAAAGAAUUGCACAGCUUGUUCCAAUUCUAAAACAAAAAAAUCCAAAUCUUAUUUAUGUUUGUGAUCCUGUUAUGGGAGAUAAUGGAAAGCUUUAUGUACCUGAUGAACUUGUGGAUAUUUAUAAAAAUGAAAUUGUACCACUUGCUGAUAUACUAACACCAAAUCAGUUUGAACUUGGAUUGUUGGUAGAUCAAAAAAUAACAUCAUUGAAUGAUGUCAAAGAGGCAAUAUUAAAACUUCAUGGAAAAGGUCCAAAGACAGUUGUUGUGUCAUCAACUGAAAUUGAUAAUAAAUUAGAAGCACUUGUUAGUAAUUCAACAGAUAAAUGUGUUAUUAAAAUUGAAAUACCAAAAAUACCAACAAAUUAUACUGGAUCUGGUGAUUUAUUUGCUGCAUUAUUUUUGGCACAUUCACAUUAUGAAGCUGAAUUAAAAACUGCACUUGAAAAAACAAUAAAUUCAUUACAUUCUGUGCUAUUAAAAACUUAUGAAUAUCGUCAAGGUUUUAAUAAUGACACAGUACAAAAAGCUAAAACCAAAGAACUACGUUUAAUCCAGAGUAAAUACGUCAUUGAAAAUCCACCAGAUAUAUUAAAAGCACAAUAUUUGUAACAUUAAAUUAUUUUUUUUAACAAUUUAGAACAAUUUAUUUACUAAUGAAAUCAAGACAACAAUUAUAUAGCUCGAAUUUUAAUUAUUGUUAUUUUAAAUAAUAUACUAAAUGACCAAGAUAAAUGUCUUCCAAUUAAAACAAAAAAUAUAUAUAUCAAAUCAGAUAAAAAAAAUGUUUUAAAAAAAAUCCAUACUCAAUUGAGAAAAUGUUAUUAAAAAAAAAAAAUAAUACAUAAAUAUUUGUUGUUUAUUAAUUUAUUUAAUUAGCUAAUUAACCAGUGAUAAUUAAAAAAAAUAUAUAUAAUUUUAUGAGCAUGCGUGCGCUGGUAGAUUGAAAGUGGCAUAAUCGCGGAUGCAGAAAUAAAUACCAAAGGAGAUGGAAAUCCUUUGCCUUUCUUAUGUAACAAACUGGCCUCCGGUGUCUUCGACCGCUCAAUAGAAAUAAAAAAAAAAUAUAUAUUUUUUAAAAAAAGUCUCAACUUGAAUCGCUUUGAACAAGGUAAUAAAAAAAGUAAAAAAAAACUUACCAUUGGGGAGGAAAAAAAAUAAUAAAAAAUCAUUCUCUCUGAUCUGUCGGCUUUUUGGGAUAAUUUUUUUUCUAUUGGUCCUUUUUUUUUCUUAGAAAUUUCUAGUCAUUCUCCCUCUCCCUUUCGAAUGAGUAAAUAGAUAAAAUAGAAAAAAAAAAAAAGUGUGGAUGUUCACCUUGAACCUUCGAGCAUUUUAUCAUUCUCACAUUCACUGUUUAAGAAGAAAAAAAAAAAUUAUAUGUAUAUGGAAGAAUCAUCCUUUUUAUGAUGAUGAUGGUGGCGAAAAAAAAAAUUUUUUUUUUUUCGUAUUUUGGCUUAGCAACCUGAGUUAUUUCCGGUGGACAGCAGGACGAUGACGUGACCGCCAAAUAUCUACGGGAUAUUUGGCCGCGAGGUCAUUCAACGGAUGAGUUGAAUGGACUCUGAAGAAAUCCCUCUUGUCCACUGUAAAUUAACGAUAAAUAUAUUGCAAAAAAAAAAAACAUUUAAAAUAUAUAUUAAAAUCGAAAUUGUAAGAAAAACUCGAGUUGGUGGUUGUUAUUUCGAAAGAAAUAUUUCAUUUGUAUGUUAGA